AUGUCGGGAACAAUAGAUACUUCACACGCCACGCAAAAGGUCUACGAACACGAUGGAAGCAUUCUCCCGCAUCUAGCAAGGCAUCUGCCAUACUCGAUCUCGCUCCUCCGACGCGUCCAGCACGGCCUCGCGCACCCCACGCCUACCGCCAAGAUCCUGGCGACGUUCCCUCCCAGUUGUGGUCCCCCUGACAACAGUCAUCCGUGGCUGGCUGCGCGAGUGGAUCUCUUUCGCGGCCGCGAGACCCAGAUGAUCGUCUAUUCUAGUCUGGAGGCGGGUAACACGUCAAACUUGAUCAUCCCUGUCACCAGCUCUGGUGGCUCAAGCGGAACCCCGACAAUGGGCGCGAAUGCGAUUCAGAGUGGUACCGAGAUCAAUCUAAAUGAUCACAGCAACUCUCAGCCCGAAUACAUCGUGUCCACAUUCAACAAUCUCCCGGACUCAACGCAGGAUCUCGUCCGUGAGCAAUUAGUCGCGCUACUCAGCUACGUGAAGAAAUAUCUCCUCCCAACAUACCUCGCUUCGCUCCCAGCAGGAGGAGCUGAAAAAAAGGAGGCCAAAACAGGCGUCGAACUAAUCCCCGCCCCAUCCCCUCAAGCCUUCCUAAUCGGCUCCCUCCACACAGCCCUCUUCUCCCUCCUCCAAAACACCGGCGCAAAUGUCUUCAGUGCGUCCAAGGCCGCCGCCGACGGAUCAUCGUCGGACCCGGUGACAAGGCUGCGGGUGCACCGCUUCGACGAUCCACCCUACUACAAAUUUUUCUUUCGUCGGUCGGAUUUUGCCUGGCCUGAGGCUGGAUCGGGCUUACCCGCCGGGUAUCGGUUUCUGGAUCGGUGCGGAAGAAGGGGGGUGCUGGAGUCCCAGCUUGAUCUUGUGCAGAGUCGGACGCACAUUCCGAGAUCUAGGGAGCAGUUGCGGUUGAUGCCCGGUGUUGCGAUUUAUUGCGAUAGCCCCUUGCAAGGGAAGGGAAGUGAAAAUAGGGAUGGGGAUGAGAUGCCCAUUGCAUGGGCUUUCCUGGGUCUCGACGGGGCGUUGGCGACGCUUCAUGUUGAACCCGAGCAUCGGGGGAAGGGACUUGCGCUUGCGUUGUCGAAGGAGGCGAUGAGGAGGGGAUUGGAUGAGGAGGGUGUUUUUGGGGCGCGCUCUGGGGACUGGAUACACCAGCCCGAGUUGCGGGAUGCUGUUGCUGGUUGGGUGCAUACGGAGGUUGCGCAGUAUAAUGUUGCGAGUAAGAGGGUUAUGCAGAAGAUUGGCGGGGAGGUUUUGAGUACGGUUAUGUGGACUGUUAUUGAGGUUUUGGAUUAG